AAUGCAUCACGUGGGACGCCUCCAGGCAUGACAGUUUGGUUGAUUCAGGCUCCAAGGUUGAAUGAUCGACGCUUUCAUCCGGCUGUUUUCGGGAUUUAAUUGGCAGAUUGCCUAUUCCAGUCUCGGCCUAGACUCGGGCUCGUGACCCGUUACCGUUCGAAACGGGCUUGACCGCCUGCCGCAUGGGCACUCCGCCUUUCCAACUGCAUCCACUUGGCAUCAGUGUUGUUUCUGUUACUUCGAUUAUUGACAGUAUCUUGGUUCCUGACAACUCGGUCGAUACUCUGUUCUCAGGCAAAAGCCUAUAGCUUGAAUCUUUAUUCCCUCGAUCGCCUUCUUCUAUCGGCCUGUUGGAGGAGAAUGUGCCCCGAUAUCAACUCGCUGUCCCCGUCGCGUUCCUCUUCUGCCUCCCCGCGUCAAGUACGGAAUCUCCCCACUUCUUCUGACAGCCAGCAGCAUUCUUCAUCCGGGUUCUCCCCUGCAUCGGCCACCAUGAGUAAUAACAACAACAAUAAUAAUCAGAACAGCCAUCACCAUACCCCGGAGGUCCCUCGUCGGUCAUCCCGCAGCUCUCGUGCGGGCGUGCCGGGCUCAGAGCGCCGCCGGUCCGCUGCCGGUGCCAACUUUAACCUGAAUAAUAAUGAGCCGACUGGAGACUCCAUGGCCCCGUCCGACCACCGCUCCUCGCUAGGUCCUCAUGGGCUUCGGACGUCUAGCCCAUCGAGCCUCGGAGGCAGCCCGAUUAUUGCGACCGGGGACCCGCAUCACCAACGUGCCCCCUCGUUGGGUGAGCUGCAUCAAGAACUGGAGCAGGAACAAGAAGCCCAAGUGAACCGACUCUUGCAUAUGAUCCGAACCCAACAAACUCAACUGCAGCAAUUACAGCAGCAGCAACAACAACAGCAGGGUUCCCAGGGCACGGCCAUCGACGAUUCGGACCGCUCUGCGUUUCCUACUAUCCCACCCGUCUCGGCUAGCGGCAGUCGAACAUCAACUCAAUUUCCCUCAUCGCUGUCCAGCCGCCGACCCUCACGGCCGUCGAGCCAGGCGGCGUCGCCUAGUCUCCGACCGCUGUCCGAUGCACCCCGCGGGCCGGAGGGGCCAGAGUGGAUCGCGGGCACCAUUGAGAGCCCGGCACGACGGAGCAGCCGCGACGAAGGUGCGUUCUACCAGGCCGAAGCCACAAUGCUUGCGAGAGAGAACCAAAUUUUGCGACAGCGCAUCCGGGACUUAGAGGACAAAGAACGCCAGGUGAGUGAGUUGACCACAUCGCCCACUGGAGGUGGUGUGCGGUCGGGCGAGAUCGCCGCAGCUCCUGCCACAGAAGGCGGCACGACUGCCGAUCCCCAUGCAACUGUUGGAGUCAGAUCGACCAGUGAGCCCACGGAUAAGACCUGA